UUUUCUUGUGAUGGCAGAGAUUGAGAUCUACCCCUUUUCAACACAAAUAUCGGUGGCACGAACUGGUAGUGGCACGAAACGUCCAUAAACCAUUGAGUUACUGCCCCUAUCGUAGGGAAAUCAAAGUUUAGGAACCAGAAAAGGCAUCUAUUGGACUACUGAGUGAAAUCUAAUGAUGAAUACUCCGGUAACAUUUUCUCAUUUGUACCGCAUUUUGUGCAGAGAAUCUUUAGCAACAAAAACCGGCCUUCUUGGGAAAGCAUGCAUUUGCCAGCACGCAAAAAGCUUGCCAAUCAUCAGUGAAAAAUGUAAACUGCAAUGGAGAAAUACGGCUUUGAAAAGCACCGUGAAAAUUCAGGUGCGAACAAUGGCAGGUCACUCUCAUUGGCAUAAUAUACGGCAUGCGAAGGCAGCUGAAGAUAAAAAAUACCAGGCCACAUUGACCAAGCUGCAGAUUGCAAUGAAAAGUGCCAUUAUUGAAGGGGGAGAAGACGAGAAGACCAACAAAAGACUGGCUGAUGUGCUGGAAUCUAUGAAGAGAGCCAGUGUCCCCAAAAUUCAGAUCCAGAAGAUCUUGGAUAAUGCUCGGAAGAAGUCAGGUCCAGUAGAGUCCCAUUUCCUGGAGGUAAAGGGACCUAGAAAUGCCACCUUUGUCAUGGAAGUGGAGACAGACAACUUAAGGAAGCUGAGAGACGAUAUUCGCAAAAUUGUAAAGAAACACAUGAUGACACUCCAGGACUGGCCCAGCUACUCCCAGCUGUUUGAACAGAAAGGGGUUGUCACAGUAGGCGUGACUCCAGAACUGCAGGUGGACAACAUGGACCCAUAUAUUGAGAUUGCACUGGAGGUGGGGGCAGAGGACGUUAUUUGCAUUGCGGAGGAGGGAACUGACGGAGAGAAAAACCUCGUGUUGAAGUUCCAUUGUGACCCGAAUAGCGUCAACCAGAUAGCAGGAGAGAUAGAGGACACCCACGGACUGGUCGUGUCACGGACCCAAGUAGAGUUCCACCCUCUAGUGUACUGUGUUAUGGACUCACCAGAAGACAUUGAAGUGUGUGAAAAAGUUAUUGAGAAACUUAAGUCUCUUCCGGAGACUGUUCGAGUUAUUGACAAUAUUUCUGUGCCCGAAGAAUGAUUGUUUGAUUGUUAACAUUUUUUUAUCAUAUAUUUCAAAAGUAGAAUGGGAAUACCUACAGUGGUCGGAGGGUGAACAGUGAUAAGGGAAUGAUUCCUGCUCAUUAAGUCACAACAGUUAAAGUUCGCCAUGGUUUAAUGGAUAUGGUGUUUGCCUAGAAACUGGGAAGUCACGGGUUCGAUCCCCACAGUGGGAGUGGUCUUUAGAUUUCCCCCAAAGACACCAAGUACUGGUUCUAGGCCCAGGAAACGGACUUGAGAGCGUUUCAAUAAGCAUGAGGCUUUCGAUGCAAUCGAGCUAAAAUAUACAUGUAUAGGUUUAAACUAAAACAGUUCAAAUCAGAUCACAAUUGAUAAGCAAUCCAGAUUGCUGGAAGGACUUCUGAAUGAAUUGAUUUAUAAAAGAAAUGCCCAACAUCAUGAAAUUUGGUGAUAAUGUUUUUGUUAUAUCUCAACCUAGUUUGAUAACUUGUCAGAUUGAUUGAAGUACUUCUGAAUUAUUGCCCUUGAAUGAUCAAUAAAAAUAGUCAAAUUAAACUAGUUUGCUCUUUAGCUACAAAAGUUAAAUUCGGAUAAUCAGGUGUUCAUGUUUGGGGACAUAUAAUCUGGUCAACUUGUAAUCAACAGGCUGCCGCAGUUCUGAAUUAAUGCCAUUAAAUAAUCCCAACAUAACUAUUGUCCACUUUCUAACUUAAAUACAAUUAAGGUGGUUUCUGAUCAUUAAUAUAAGUUUGCAUGCACCAAUUUUCAUGAAACUUUACAGAUAUUAAGGUUAUAUAGACUCUGAGCUUAAGUAUUUAUUUGGUGUAAGUUUGGUCAAGGUCACUGUUACUAUAAAUAGAAAAAUGGAUUAAGCUCAUUAUUUUUAGUUCAGAAGAAGGUAUUGCAAGUGUAUGCAGGUGGCUCACAUGCAAUCCUAGCAUGCAAUUCAUUGGGGCAAGUUGAGUCAAGAUUACUGUUAUUUAAAAAAUUAGAAAAACUGUUGCGGCUUAAUGACUUAAAUUUUGAAAGAAGUAUUAUAUUUAAAAAAAUGUUGGAUGUAGCUAACCUGCAUGCCUACUUGAAUUUACUGAAUUUGGGGAUAAGGGUUAAGGUUCCUAUCUCUGUUACUAAAUUAGAAGAACAGUUAAUACUAAAUUACUGGAGUUUUAGGUUUUGCUGUGAAAUUUUCUGUUAAGAUAUGGUAGACCUGCAUACCUAGCUUUGGAUUCCAUUGGGAGUCAGUAACUGUUACUUUUUUCCACUAUAUGACUUGACUUUUGUCAGGGCUAUUCCAGUUGAACAUAUACCCCUUCCCCCUCUCUUGACGGCAAAAUAAAGAAAUUUUGUUAGGGGAUGGGUUUCUUCAUAUUUUGCAUCUGAAGAGGGGGGUGAUAACUUAUAUUUUAAUUCUGUUGGGGGGGGGGGGGCAUCAUUUCUAUUUUGCUUCUAACCCUAUUUUCCACCUUAAAAUGGACUAUAUGAUCAUUUAAAUACCUUUCCGUGCCGACCAUUUUUUAUCACGAAUAAUCGCGCGAUCAACAUGACGGGGUGGGCUGUGAAACAGAACGAUGUGGGUUUGAGCUAUACCAGACACAAAAUAGCUGACAUUUCCGCAUGGUUUAAGCCGGCCGUGUUAAAUUGGCUAAAAUGCAACGGCUGUGAAGCCUUCAUGACAAUAUUUUGUGGUGUGUAUAUCCCAAAUUAAAUGUUAUCUGAUUAGUAUAUUAUAGAAUACUUUGAUAACUCACUUAAAUAUUUAUGCCCCCCUUCGAAGAAGAGGGGGUAUAUUGCUUUGCUCAUGUCGGUCGGUCUGUCGGUCCGUCCACCAGGUGGUUUCCGGAUGAUAACUCAAGAACACUUGGGCCUAGGAUCAUGAAACUUCAUAGGUACAUUGAUCAUGACUCGCAGAUGACCCCUAUUGAUUUUGAGAUCACUAGGUCAAAGGUCAUGGUGACCCGAAAUAGUAAACUGGUUUCUGGAUGAUAACUCAAGAACGCAUACGCCUAGGAUCAUGAAACUUCAUAGGUAGAUUGAUCAUGACUUGCAGAUGACCCCUAUUGAUUUUGAGGUCACUAGGUCAAAGGUCAAGGUCACGGUGACCCGGAAUAGUAAAAUGGUUUCCGGAUGAUAACUCAAGAACGCAUACGCCUAGGAUCAUGAAACUUCAUCAUUAGAUAGAUCAUGACUUGCAGAUGACCCCUAUUGAUUUUGAGGUCACGAGGUCAAAGGUCAAGGUCACGGUGAC